UUGUUGUAAUAACGCAGACUUUAACAUAGAUGAUGCCAUGUGUCACGUGAUAAAAAAAGGCGGAGCCGGGCUCUACUUCCGGAAACAUGGAGGCGGUUGUGAGCGAUGUGGUAGCUCCAGAAGACCUUUUGAAAUUUGAGAAGAAGUACAAAAGUGAGCAGGCGAAGGGAGCCGUCUCCAAAGAAACCAAGUUUGAGUAUGCGUGGUGUCUGAUCAGGAGUAAAUACACAGAUGAUAUAAAGAAGGGCAUCGCGCUCCUGGAAGAACUUGUUCAUACGGCAUCAAAAGACGACUCCCGGGACUUCUUGUUCUACCUCGCUGUGGCCAACUACAGACUCAAAGAAUAUGAGAAGGCCCUGAAGUACAUUCGAACUCUUCUGAAGAAUGAACCAGGGAACAAGCAGGCUCAGGAGCUGGAGAAACUCAUCGUCAAGGCCUUGAAGAAAGAUGGCUUGGUCGGCAUGGCGAUCGUCGGGGGAAUUGGCCUCGGCGUGGCCGGUUUGGCGGGCCUCAUCGGCCUGGCUGUGUCAAAAGGAGCCGCUAAAUCCUAACCUGCAUAUCGGCUGACAUGCAUUCACUUUGCCGGCCGGAUACACUGACUCUUCAACGGCAUAAAUUAUAAUAAAGUGCGUGGAGAGAGCUUGAAGGAUGUAACGUUUAAAUUUGGAGUAUGCGUCGCAAUUUAUUAAAGGGUUUGAAAAAUACCAGUGAAUAACCAUUUUUAACGGGGUUGAGAUUCACCAUGUAUAGGACAUUUCUAAACUGUCUAUUCACCCACAUUAGCCUUGCACCUUCUCAUUAUUUGUGUAAAUAAAUGACGAUAGUCAGUUGCAGCUCCCUUUUUUUCUCCUCAGCCUGACAUUUUCAAGUUCAAAAAUAUCUUUCUGAAAAGUAAGUUGCAGUUCUGUAACGGUCUGUUAUAUUAUUGUUAACAAAGAAUUGUUAAGGAAAGUGUUACUGAUGCAGUGGGAUGUGUUUGAGGCGGACGGAGCAUCCCAUAAUGCUGCUUGUGUAACAAGGAGCUGCUGCUGAGGAGGCAACCAGAGGUUUGCAUUUAUUUUGGACCGGUUUCUUUUCCUUUUUUUCUUCAAAGUUCUACAAGGGAGGCCACACACUUAUAAUUAUACAUUGAUUAAUCUUGUCAUUUAAAAUGCGUUUACCUGUGCUACAUUUAAUGUUUUGUCUUCCAUGUUGUUAAAUAAAAAGCUUUUGAGCUGAGAAAA